AUGCAAGAGAUGUUUUCAAUGUAUAUUGAAAGUCGGAGUCAACUCGCGUUCAUCGAGUUGUAUGUUGAGUUUGAGCAAUCUGAGGCCGACCGGAAUAUUCUACGGGAAGAUUACAACAGCGAUAGCGAAGAAGAGUUCGAAAGCAACUACGAAAUUGUUGUUCCAGAUGGAGAUGAAGAUCAAGGUGACGGAGCUGUGGCUCCGGAUGUGUCAGAUGUGGCAAAUGCACUUGCAAACGAAAUGCCGUUUCAGGAGCCAUCAUUCUGCGAGUUUUGGAUCUGGAAGCCAUGCAUGUUCCGGAGUUUCCGGAUUAUACCACUGCAAGUACAAAUUCCUUUUAUCGCAGAUGGUGAAUUUGCCGUUGGGAUGGAAUUCAGUUCAAGGGAAGGUGUUAUUAAGGCGAUAAAAGAGUAUACCAUACGAAGAAGCGUAGACUAUCGGGUGUAUGAGUUUGAGCCGUUGACAUUUUACGCUAAGUGUACACAGUAUGGGUCAGGGUGUGAUUGGCUUAUCCGGGUUAGCAUGAUUAGCCGGAAGUAUUGUUGGGUUAUAAGGAGGUAUAAUGGCAGUCACACAUGUACGAGAGCAACAAUUUCUCAGGAUCAUUCGAAGUUGGAUUCGAAUACAAUUGCAGAGGCAAUAAAGCCAUUGGUUGAGGCUGACCCCGCCAUAAAGGUGAAAUCGGUUAUAGCAGAGGUACAAUCGAAGUUCAACUAUACCGUUAGUUAUCGGAAAGCAUGGUUGGCUAAGCAAAAGGCAGUGGAAAAAAUAUUUAGAGGCUGGGAAGCAUCGUACGAAGCCUUGCCUAUAUGGUUUGAGGCCAUGUGUCAUAAGGAGCCAUCAGCUGUUGUUCAUUUUGAGACUAUGCCUGCAUAUCAAGUGGAUGGGACACACUUGUAUGGAAAGUACAAGGGUUUUCUACUAGUGGCCGUUUCACAAGAUGGCAAUAACAAUAUCGUCCCAAUUGCGUUCACUAUUGUGGAAGGAGAGACUUCUGAUGCAUGGUACUUUUUCCUUAGUAACCUUCGUCAGCAUGUUGUAACUCGGGAUGGUGUGGGACUGAUAUCCGACCGUCAUGAAUCCAUAAAUGCCGCUGUGGAAAGGAGUAACGGUGCUUGGUCACUUCCAAGAGCUUUCCAUAUGUUUUGCAUAAGGCAUAUAGAAUCCAAUUUUCUUAGAAAAUUCAAGGCGCUGUACCUGCAGAAACUCGUCGUCAAUUUAGGAUAUUCAAAGACGGUGCGGGAGUAUGAAAUACGAUACCAGCGUUUACGAGAACGGGGCGAGACCUACACUAACUGGUUAAACCGAAUCUCCCGCGAACAGUACGCGUUGGCUUUUGAUGGUGGAUAUCGAUGGGGUCAUAUGACGACGAAUCUAGUGGAAUGCAUCAACUCAGUAUUGAAGGGUGCUCGCAAUCUACCCGUUACUGCCCUUGUGAAGGCAACAUUUUACAGACUUAACGAGUUGUUCACACGAAAAAGAGCGGAGGCAGAAGAUCGGAUUAAUGCUGGGCAUGUGUUUUCUGAUAUUGUUACCUCGAAGUUGCAUGCAAACCAACUUGCAUCAGGAAACAUACAGGUUAGUUGUUUUGACCGGCAGAAUGAGGUGUUUGAGGUGCGUGAGAUGCCAAGUGAACUGGAGUUUGCAGUCGACCUACGAGGCCUUCGAUGUGAUUGUGGUGAGUUCCAGGUGGAUAGAAUCCCUUGUCGACAUGUGUUCGCUUGUUGUGCCAACCAGCGACUAGACUGGCAACUAUAUGUGCAUGACGUGUAUAAAAUGGAUCAAGUUCGGCGGGUGUACCGAGCAAGGUUUAGGCCACUAGGUAAUCCUACUACAUGGCCUGCUUACAAUGGACCUCGGUUCAUCCCAAAUCCAUUCUUGAGACUAGUGGCGAAAGGUCGCCCCAGAAUGACGCGCUUCUUGAAUGAGAUGGACACGCGUAUGUUACGUCGGCCUAGACGAUGUAGGCUGUGUGGAGCUGAGGGACACAGCCAUAGCAGAUGCCGUCAGUCCGGUGGUGCAAAUGCCGGCGGAGAAGAUCAGUAG